CUUUGGUUGAAGCCAAAACAGAACAUCAUGGCGAUUGAUGGUGGCGAGCGUAACUGUGGAGUACAUGAGCUGAUCUGCGUCAGAAAAGUCUCUCCAGAGGUGCUGGGGUUUCUGACAGCCAUCGGACUCUUCAUCAUCCUCAUGACUUUCCUGUUUUGGUACCUCAACAAUAAGUUGGCACUAGAGAACCCAGGAAGCCUUCAGUGCCUUGAUGAAUUCAGGAAAACCACUGAGCUGCAAGAUAAGGUCUACUCCGACGCUGACUUGCAGGCUUCAUCGUCAGACAGCGAGGAUGAACUGAUGGGUCAGUAUCAGGAAGCGGUCAGCCGCUCCCAGGGCCUCAGAGGAGGAGCCAAGGUGUCCUCUAAUGCCAAGCACACUGGAGGAUUCAGCUGGGAGAGCCGGCAGAAGUACAGCCCGCUUACUGCUGAUUAUGAUGGCUACAGCAGUGAAGCCUCAGCUGAUGAUGUCAACUGCAUCCAGAGGAUGAGACGGACGCCGCCACUGGAUGAGCUUCAGCCACCGCCCUAUCAGGAUGAGAAUGGCUCUCCGAGGAUGUCCUGCACGCUGUCAGAUCUGGGUGAUGCCAAGUGUGAUCUGUCCCACACCAGCGGUAGCCCCCACCUCUCUUUUGGCAAGUGUCCCAGUGAGGGCAGCGACGGCCCCGAGACUGAGAGUUACCUCAACAAGGGCUAUGAGGAGGACGUGCCCAGUGACAGUACAGCUGUCCUCAGCCCAGAGGAUAUGUCAGCCCGUGGAUCAGCAGCCCAGCUACCGAAAGGUUAUGAACCAGAUCCUGUUGCAAAAUACGGGACCCUCGACAUCGUGUUUGACUACGACUCAGAGGAGCAGCAGCUGUCUGUAACCAUCAUGGCAGUAACCGACCUUCCCAGCUACAAGCGCACCGGUAACAUCUCCUGGCAGGUUCAUCUGGUGCUUCUGCCCACUAAGAAACAGAGGGCGAAGACGGGGAUCCAGAGAGGCCCGUGCCCCAUCUUCACGGAGACCUUCCGCUUCAGCCAUGUGGAGUCAGAGAUGAUCAGCAAUUAUGCUAUCAGAUUUCGCCUUUACAGCAUGCGACGAAUGAAGAAGGAGAAGGUGCUCGGGGAAAAGGUGUUCUACCUCACCAAGCUCAACCUUCAGGGCAAAAUGUCGGUGCCGGUCACACUAGACCCAUGCUGUGCACUCCCGGGUGGCGAAUCCCAGGUCAGCCUCUCAGAUAUGACAUGCAGUGAAAGCGCCUCGUCAUUCCAGUCAGUCAGUCAGGCUUCCACACCGGAGAUCCUCGUGGGCCUGGUUUACAACGCCACAACAGGACGUCUCUCUGUGGAAGUCAUCAAAGGCAUCCACUUCAAAAACCUGGCUGCUAACAAACCACCCAAUGGACUGUUCUGUUGUCUAAAACACUUGAUAGGUGGACAGGUUUAUAUUAUCAGAGAUACAUAUGUUAAGCUGACCUUACUUAACUCCAUGGGCCAUGAGAUGUCCAAGUGUAAGACCUCCAUCUGUCGAGGUCAGCCCAACCCAACCUACAAAGAGACGUUUGUCUUCCAGGUAGCUCUUUUCCAGCUCUCGGACGUCACGCUCAUCCUAUCCGUCUACAACAAGCGCAGCAUGAAGCGCAAGGAGAUGAUUGGUUGGAUUUCGCUGGGCCUCAACAGCUCUGGAGAGGAGGAGCUCACCCACUGGACUCAGAUGAAAGAGUCUAAAGGACAGCAGGUUUGCCGCUGGCACAGCUUGCUGGAAUCUUAAUGGCACAGCAAGAUGGCGCGCCGGCAUAGCUACACGGCGCCGCCGCCAUCUUUGUCUCAGAUGGGCAGGAAAUGGAAAUGUUCAACUGGGAAGCGGGAGUGCGAUGCCGUCCAAUGAACCAGCGUCAGUGGUGAUGAAGAGACGGGAACACAACCACAUCUGCACUCAGUUUCUCAGCUCGGCAUGGCAUAAGCGAUUUCAUGGCUCUGUUUGACUAAACAGUCAUGAAUUAGUUUUAUGAUGAGACAUGCUAUUUUCCACAUACUGCGUGUAAUGACCUUUAAGUUUUUGUAGAUGGCAUCUUUUUGUCUGCUGAGCCGGUUUAGCUGGGGCUAAAGAUCAUUGAGCAAAUUACACCUGGUAGCCAUAUGUACCCACACCUCCAGCCGCAUAAAUACAAGUAGGAGUUUCUAAAGAAGGUUUCAAUUUUUGUAAUUAUAUUUUUUUAACAAAUAUUUUCCAGACCACCUCUUAGCAGAUCCUUACCUUAAAAUUUAGCUAGAGACAACUUCUUACCUGGAAAUGUCAAACGAGGCUGGACAUUACCAUUGUGUCAUCCCCAUCGACUUCAAAAGCACAAAAAGUUUGGCAGAUUUUAAAAUGGCAGUUCUACAAUGGUGUAAAAUAGGGACUGUAAAAUAAUUAAAAAGGAAAAAAGCUUCUUAACUGCAAAACCCACCUGAAGAUUCCUGUACUUCUUUAAAAUAUUACAAGCAAUCUGAAGUGCUUCAGUCAAAGGCAGCUCGACUCCUUUUAGGUUUUUGAAGACAUCGUCACCUCUCACCUGAAAGGGUUAUUUGCACCUAAAGAAGAAGAGACUGUGAAAUACAAAUGUUCAGAUUUUGGAUUCACGCCUCCACUCACGUAAGCAUAACUCAUGAUCUUAGGUGGCGCACUAGACAGCACUCCGAAUCAGUCUUUAGAACUGAAAACAAUCUUCUGAAUGAAAAGUAAAACCUCUUCAGGAACCUAAAGCGAGUGCAGCUGCCUUCAGUUCAAACACUUUAGAUUACCAUUAGACGACUGAGAACCCAUUCAGUCAUAGAUAGUAAAAAGGUACUCAUGGGGGAGGUAAAACUAGUCACCAUGGAACUUCCAUAAAAUCCUAGUUCUUACAUUGGGAAUGAGGUUCAUGUACCUCAAAGUGCAAGCCUUAGCUUGUUUAGGAUAUAACAAAGAGUGACAAUCCAAACAGCAACAGCAAAACAUUUAACUCAGUCAGAAUGCAUUAAUGGUAAAUCAAAAAAGAUAAAGCAAUUAGAAGAGAUAAGGAGCCAUGGAUAAGGACCUGUAAACAAAGAAGCAAAAGGCCGGUCUAACAGCAAACAGGAACUUCCAAAGCUAAAAGAAGAGAAGAGACACCAGUGUGUAAGCGCAAAAACCAUUUGAGGUUGGUUCCAAAUGUGAGUCAGUCCCCAUAGACUCCCACUUUAAAAUGCCCAAUGUAAAGCAUUAAAAUCAUUAAAAUGUUUAUAGUCUGUUUAUGGUCCAUCAGCUAAGCCCAUUCUCUACUAAUUGGAGUCACUGAACUGGAUCUCUCCACUGUGUUUAUGCUGUUUGGAGCACCUCUAAUAGAAUUGUCUAACACAUAAAAGAGCUUGCUGUGUGGUACAAACCAUCCAAGAAAUCUCUCACUCCACCCUUUUGUCUACAUAUCAUUAAUUCUGGGUCCAAAAACCUAGUAUAGCAAAAAUACUGAGUCCAAACCAAUGAACGCCUUUAUGGUGUCCAUCUUUUACAUAGUCCAUAGAACUUCUCCAGAUGUCUGAUGUGUGAGUCGGAGGUGUGGAUACACAGAGCUACCAUUACUGGUCAUGCUAACUGCACUGACUCUCUUUCUCUUUGGACCAAAAAAUGACAUUUCACCUCCUACAGUUCACCUUCCCUCUGUCUUCAGGCUUUAGAAGAUCUGGACUGUGACCGGAGACUUUGCACUGGCAGGUCUUUUUAUCAGAUGUGACCAGCUGAUUGGUAACGAUCAUGUCUUAAAUCAGAAAUUAUAUUUUAGUGGAUGUUUAGAACAGAGAAGGGAGCACUAGAGGAAGAGGACUUUUCAUUUUCUUAUUUUGUUUGUUCACCUUUUUUCUGACUGCAGCUUUAAUCACUAUCACAUCAUUUUAGAAACAUGCAUGCCACAUGCUCCGUCCAGGGUACCCAUAAAUGGGACAAUUAUAAAGUGAAUAUAGGGACUUUUUCAAUUAUAAAUGUCCUUUACCAAAGUUUAUUUCAUCACGCUGCAUUGUAACCUGUGCAGUUUCAUUCAGGGUGGUGGGAGGUUAUAAGGCAGUCAUAAGAAAAACAAAGUCAAUUCUAAGGUUUUUAUGUAUCAGGAAAACAUGUUAAAAAUAAUCUAGGACUUAGCUGGUCUUAAAAGUACAUCGCCAGAUGAACAGUUUUUAGUACGCCCCUCUGUUACCGACCACAUUUAUUUUGUCCUGAUGAGUAAAACCUUAGAAUUGAUACUUUCUUUUUCAUGGCUGUAGAUUGAGUGAGAAUUAUUACACUUUAAUGAAUUCCUCUCUGCCGACACUACUGAGUUACAAGCAUAGCUUCUCAAGCAUCUCAAGCUUAAGUAGAAUAAAUAAAUGUGAAGAAUAAUAGAAGGUGUCAGACACGCCCUGACAUCACUGCCAGGGUUUGUGUCGAGAUGACAUUCAAUAGUGAUCAUGGAGAAGAAAUGAGUGUUUCAGAUUGUCGAAUAUUUAUAGAAAACACCAGUUGGAGGACACAUUGACUGACUGGGAUAUGCUACAUGUAGGUUAGUUAGAUGGUUUUGUGAACAUGACUUUUCAUUCGAAGGUUACACGCAAUGUCACGAUUCUUUAAAGAAAUUUCCGACACCUUUUUGAAUAUAAACGGCUCAUUAAAUCACAGCUACUUUUUACCUUUUUCUAACCUGCUCUGGUGCUAUAAGAGAGCUGUGGGUGUCUACACAGAAGCCCUUGCCUUAUGGUUUUUAGUCAGUUCAUCAACUUCUUAAAGAGUUCAAAACACAGACACACCCUGAGAGCACACAGACCUGCAUCCACACUUACAGAAAGCACACACAGUGCAGCACCACUCAGCCUCGCUGGAGGGAAUUCAAACUUUUGAGGCGAUUUCAUUACGGCAGCGAGCACCGACAACCCUGCAGACUGUCUACGGGCUUUUUAGCUGCAGCCGCUUUAUCUUUGCGUUUCAUAUACAGAUAAAAAAUAUAUAUAUAUACUCUUUACUGUGCCUGUGGUUGUGGUGAAAGGUAGCUUUGUGCAGUGUUUACCAAGUGUGUGUGUGCGUGUGUGUGUGUUGACUGGAGAAGGUACAGUAAAGGGGGCGUGGGAGGGGGCUGUGAUGUAGGUAGAGUUGUUGCAUUUUCUUGUUGGGUGUAACCGUUUCUGAUUUCAAUUACUGGUUAUUAGAAGAAAACAAGCCAAGUCCUGAUUGUCUGACAUAUGCUUUAUAUUAGUAACUGUUUUAUCUAUUUUUGUAUCAGCAGCCGGGAGAAGAAAAUGUGUCAAGCCAGUUAUUAGUGAAUCAAAUAUUAACCGACUCCGUGAGCAAUACUGUUUGAAUUGCUACUCUUUAUGAUUCAGUUUGUUUACGUGGGGGAAGCAACACACGUCUUAUAGCUCAGGUCUUAUUUACGUUCCCUUUUCUAAAACCAGAGAGGGGUGUGAUGGAGACCGGCUGAGUUCAUCUCAAAGCAAUCCGUCAAGACUUCUCAGCUUUGAUGCUUUCUAACAGCUUGAAACAGAAGCACAGCCUUUACAGCACAACAGUGAAACACACAAUGCGAAAGACCAAAGCUCAUUUGGAAGUGUAGAGAUGCACCUGUAAUCUGAAUCCAAAAGGUUUUUAUUUUAUGGGAUCAGCCUGGAGCCUUUGAGUGAAUUUGUAUAGUGUGAUAUUUGAUUACCUGUGGGGGGGA